CUCAUAACGCUGGCCAGUUUGGUCUCAAAUCUUACGCUCACAUUACAAAGCUGGCUAACAAUUGGUGAACUUUCCAAGUCUGUCAUGUGAACAUGGGAUGAAGCCUGGAUCUUUUAGACACACGUUUUCAUGCUACUUUAACCACCAUUCAAUGCAUACGGUAAAAGUUGAGCUUGAAUGACCACAUAAACUUAGAAUGCUAACAGUACUCGACAAAUUUCAAAGAUUCGGGUAAACAACUGAAGAGAGUAGCCACACUUGCCAGACAUUUAUUUGUGAGGACGUUGAAGCCACGUGCUACUGGACAACUCGCUACAACUAUGUGAGCACUUUGUUUGACGGCGCUGGACAACUGCUCACCACGAUGGGUGUAACUGGUGUCAUGUACUCACCAUCAACCUGAACUAUGUCCCCCACAGCAGCAAGCCAUGGGUCCAUGUGUAGGAUUAUUCUAAUACGUCUGUUGCUCUUUCUGGGGAUCUUUCUCAAUGUCUUCAUGGACUCUGUUGGUUUAAGUGAGGUCGGGGGUUUUACGGUCAGUCGAUUUCCCGGGCUAAAUCUGUUCGCACUCCAAUGUAACGGCUCGCAUCUGCCCAGUGAUGUGAGAAAUGUUCAACACAUUAGUCUGGAGCGACGCUCGGUCAAAACGUCAGGAGACCCCCACAUUAUAGCGUCUCUGUCUUCUGUUGAUGGUGUUCGACUUGAAAAAGGACAUGGGAACGCCAAUGUUUACGUCAGUGGCAAGUUUGACGUGGAUAAUAUUCAAUCUACGUCACUGACAGUUCUUCUUGCUGACGUCAGUCUGGAAACAGAUGUGACCUACGGUUGUAAAAUAAGUUACAUUAAAAGAGGGGGGAGCUUGGAGGUGACAGAGCGGCUACUCAAUGUUACCUUCAGUGACCUACAAAGUUUAUACAAAGUGCAACCGGUCGAGACAAAGACAAGUCACCACUUACAGCGUGCCGCCCAGUCUACGUUUAAUGAAACUAAAGAAGGAUGGGGAACCCCCAUGAUUCUUCUUCUUACCAUGGCCAUUCUUCUCUUUAUUUUGUUGAUCAUUUGUAUUCUUCUAAUCAUCGACAGAUACAGAGAUCACUGUAAAAGCAAAAAACGCGUUGACCGACUGGCCAGGAAGAAAAACGGAGGUAAAGAAAAAGCCCCAGAGAUGGAGCCUCGACCACUCCCAUCCCCACCGUCGUGGACUUACCCAGAGGCGGUGGGCUCACCCACACCCAGAAGUCCUUACAAUCGUCUGCGCUUUGGUGGCGUGGGAAGAAACUUAAAAGACGAUAUAGGAUACGACUCCGAUGCCAGCAUGAACUAUUGCAAGCCAUUUGACGAUAUAGGGGAGAUAGCCCAGGAAAAACCACCUUUUCAGACGUUUGGGAAGCAGUCAUCUCCCAUAUACGCUACAACACCAACUAUUUUAACUGCUUAAGUCUGCCUGUUGGAUGAAAGAAAACAUGUAUUAAAUAAGAUGAGCAUAAAUGUUGAGAUGUAGAAUGUUUGUUUCUUUAUGUGCUAGUAUUUGUGGUGACUUUAUUGUUCGCUGUGGGGAAAAAAUACUUCUUCAGAAAAAUAAUCAACCCUUGUUUUAAAUGUGUUUUUUUCAAAGCGAUCUAUGUUAUUUUUUAUGAUAAAAUGCUAACAUUUCAGUAUU